AUGUAAGUUAUCUAUUCAAAUUUAGAAAUCUCAACUGGAUUGUUAAAUACUAUUAAGAAGGUGAAGAACAAAUUCCACGCUCCAAUUAAUAUAUAGGCUAUUCUGAGUGUUUUAGAAUAAAGUACUAAGAAUGAUCUAUUAACAUUUCAUAUGAUGGAAUAAUCUGAAGAGCAGAUUCAAAAACUAAUUCAUGGAGAUUUUGAUACUAAUGCAUUAAAGAAUUUAGACUAUUUCUAUAAGUAAUCAGCCCUACGCAAAAUGAUCUACAAUGGCUACGAAUUGAGAUAUGAAAAGAUACUCAUUGGUAGAUACUAGAGUUAGUAAAGAAUGAUUGAUGUAGAGCAUUCCGAUCUUGUUUAAUCAUCUAUUCUGGAAGCACCCUAACAGCACAUUUCUUCAUCCUAACAAUCUCAACAAUCUCAAUAAUCUUAAGAACUCUUACUCCUUCAAAAAUAAAAACUAAUCAGUCUAAAACAGUAAGGUCGAAGCAGAAAUUUAUAGAGGGAUAGUUUGACUGUCAUCAUUAAACCAAAAAUCAAUUCCAGACAGACUUCGAAUUCACCAGAUAUCACAAAUGUCCAUAGCAAACCAACAUCACAGUAUACAAAUCAAUUAACUAAUAACAUUUUCACUCAAGCUUCAACCUAAUAUCUCACAAAGCCAACCAAUCAAUCACAACAAUCAGUCAAAGUCUCAAGUGUAUAAAAUCUAGAAGAAAAUCUGUCACAUUUAGAAAUGAGUCCAUAAUCAUCCUUAAAAUCGAUUAAAUCUAAAUCAGCAAUAGAUUCUUCCAAUAUUAUAUUCUAAACAAAUACUCAGAACAUUAGAAAAAGCUAAAAUAUUAAGGAUUUUGAUAAAAUUGCCAAAGACAAAGACAAAAUUAGCCAACCUAAAGAAUAAAUCGAAAUAAAAGAAGAGAUAAUACCUUCAAAUAGAUAAAAGCCAUCCAAUGUUUCAUUGUUUUAAUAACCAAUUUUAGAAAAUAAAACUUUGAGUAUGUUUUCCUAUUCUUUGCGUAUGAGAAACCAAGCUCUUGGUCACAGUAGGAGACAGAACCUCGAUUAAUAUAAAAUAUUAGAAUAACUAAUUUAUGACAAUGAUAUCCAAGAGGUAAUCUUCAUACUCAGAAUAGUUUUUGGAACAUAUUUAAUAAGUGCCUUCAAUGUACCUAGACAAAAGAUUAGAGAAUAAUGA